AUGGUUAUGGUAUACACUCUUGGUAGUGGCAACAAUGGAUGGAGAGGUGUUGGAAGGUUUAUUUAUGAAAGAUUUUUUGUACAACCUCCACCACCUGCUUCGCCACAAGGAGGUUAUCGGAAGGCUGAUAAAAUAGGGGUUUUAGGUGGGUUUUUGUUUCAGAGAUAUUCCGAUUCAGACGACGCACCAGCAUCCCAUGACAUAUGGCUAUAUAAAAAGAAGAAUGAUGAUUAUAACAUGAAACAGCAAGAUUGGACCAAAGAGUUUAAACUUCCUGCGGAAGAAAUCUUAGACUUUACGAAGAGUGGGGGGAUUUUAACUUACAGUUCUAACAAUCCCAACCUUUAUGAUCCAAAAACAUCAACCUCGAAAACGCUUGCAUUUUUCAGGGAAGGCUUUCGUCGAGUAUUCCCUCACAGGAACACUCUACUUUCGUUGGAAGAAUUAGGAGAAGAAGAUACAGAAAUAAUGAAGUCAGGUGAAAACCACCAUUUCAAUACAACUUGUAACUAUCAUUCAUUCCUUGAAUAUCAAUCAACUAUGGCUUCAACUUUUUUUAUGUAUGUCAUGAUCUGUUUAGUUUUUGGCUUUCUCAGAUCUCCGAUAGCUCACGCAGGUGAUCCUGAUAUCAUCACUGAUUUUGUUAUCCCCGUAAAUGCAACCCUUGAUGGGUCAUCGUUCACAUUCACUGGAAUACGGAAUUUGUAUGCAUCUGAUCCUCCACCCACCUUCAGGGUGACAAAAAUUGGCAUGAAAGAAUUCCCUGCCUUGAAUGGGCAAAGUGUUUCCAUGGCUAUUCUUGAUUACCCUGCCGGUUCAGUUAACCCUCCUCACACCCAUCCUCGCUCUGCCGAGCUCCUUUUUGUCGUUGAUGGUAUCCUUGAUGUAGGUUUCAUUGACACCACUAACAUGCUCUUUACCCAAACGCUUCAAAGUGGAGACAUGUUUAUUUUUCCUAAAGGACUUGUUCAUUUUCAAUACAACAAGAAUGCCACAGAACCAGCCACUGCUGUUUCUGCAUUUGGUAGUGCAAAUGCUGGAACAGUGUCAGUUCCCAUGAGUGUGGUCGCCACAGGUAUCGAUGAUGCAAUUCUUGCUGAGUCGUUCAAGACAGACGUUGCUACCAUUCAAAAGAUCAAAGCUGGUCUUGCACCCAAUCCCAAAGCUUAA